AUGGAAUACACACCACAGACCCUCGCCCAAGCCAAGCGCCUCUUCCUCGAACCCAAAUCCCGAACAACCAGCACCCCUCCCGAUCGACGCCAGUACUCGUUCCGAAAGCGCUCCCCCACCACCGCCAUCCUCACCUCCUGGAUCGACGAAGACUGCACAGACGACUACGAUCCGAAGAUCGAACGCGCACAAUUGCGACAGAAGCGUUUGUCGAAGAGACCGAAGACUACCCCGAGUUUGAUUGUCACGGUCCAUAUGGCUAGUGAAGCUGGGAAGGCGUUUUUGGCUUCUUUGCCGAUAUAUCAAGAUGAUGGACCUGAUGCUGCCGAACCACCUACUGCAGACAAUAGUCACAUACUGGAACAAGAUGAGCUUCAGGCACAAACGUGCAAAGCAUGUCGAGAUUCCGGCCCUGCUUGCUCGCUGGUGCAGAAUCCAGACGCCUUUCCCUGUGAGCAAUGCAUCGGCAGUACUCGGUAUUGCAAACUCUUCUCCCCUGGGAUCGAUCCGACAUUUCAGAUCAAUACGCAGGAGCUCACCUCAUUCGGGCAAGACGAUGCGAAUACCCUCGAUCCGGAUGUUGCGGAGCCAGUUCCCAAUACCAUAUCCACCAUCACUAACCCCACAGACUCAUCGACCCUCCGCCCCUUCACCCAACCGCAAGAUAUCCCACUCCUCCCAGCCCUAACCACUACUACCACCACCACCACCACCACCACCCGCACAAUCCACACCUCCCUCACCCACCCCAUAACCUUCACCUUCCCCUUCCCCUCCACCCACCCUCACCAAAUCCCCACCACCACCCUCCCCUGCCACUUCUGCACCAACUUCACCUACGCCCUCUUCGGCACCGGUCCCCCACAAACCAUCCCCAUCCUCGACCUCGGCCACGGCACAUACAUCCCUCUUCCCUCCCCAUCCCCAUCCCCCAAUCAACCACCACCACCACCAACCCGAAUCUGCCCAACCUGCGCCCUCUCCCGCCUCCACAUCCUCCGCUGCCCUACCCACCACAUAAUCCCCAUCAAAGGCUUCUCCCCAACCACCUUCGACUUCCCUGCCGCUUAUGCAACCCUAAUCCCUUUCCCCACUACUCCCAACCCAAAGACCCCCAAAAACCCCUGGUGCACCCUCUGCCCCCACCCCGCCUUCUUCGGCUGCAGCACCCCCCAAACACAAACCAUCUACCUCGAGCCAAUCACCGACCCAACGUCCCUCGACGCAAAAGGCUGCGGCCUGUUACUCUGUGAGCGAUGCGAGGUCUUAAUGCGGAUAUAUGGGGGUUCCGUGGAGGAGGUAGUCCGUCGGAAUCGGAGAGAUGAUGGGGUGAUUGGGGGUCGGGCGGAUGUGGAGUUUUUGGUGAGGGAUAACGGGGAUGGGGGUAAUGUGUUGUUGGAGAGGUUUGGGGGGUAA